AUGAAUCCUCGAAACAAAUUACAUCUGAAUGUUAUCUCUAAGAGUUUACUGGAUUUGUAUUUUGGUCUGAGACUAGCAGAUAAAAGUGGAGUAUUAAAAUAUCUUGAGCAGUUUAAGGCCAUCUUUCAUCGCUCAUCUAUGAUUGGCCAAGAGGCGGGCCCAUCGACAACGCCAACAAAUAUUGAGAACAAGGAAGAGAGUGAGAGAAGAUUUCGUUACAAAAUGCAUGGAUUAGGUGAAGCUGGAUCCUAUGAAGCAGAAGCAGCACAAAACGAGCCUUCCUCGAAGGAUGCUAUCAAGACAUACCAGAGAACUGCGUGUUAUGCGUGUGCUCUCGUUGUGACGUGCCAAUACGAGAGAGGUUCGUCCAUCGAAUUCUUGAGCGUUGUUGAGAAAAGUGAUGGGAAUACUCCUUCAUCACAAAACGCUUCGCUCAGCGAUCAUGCCAUAUCUACCAUGUUGAAUGCUUCCAAUGUGUGUGUCUGUAAAAGGGAACUGGAAACUGGAGAGGAGUUCUAUCUUAUUCCGGAUGACGGCCGUCUAGUAUGCAAAAAUGACUACGAACUCGCUAGAGACAGGUAA